AUGCAGACUGCUCGCCUAUCCAGUGCGACUGAUCCGCUCCAAGGGUUGCAGAACAAGCUGCCAGAAGAAGUCGUCCACGACAUCAUCCGAGGGGCCGUCGAGGUCGAGCGCAAGUUCAUUUGUGACGCACUCUCCUGCGACCUCGUCGGCAUGAACAAGGAUCUGAUGACGCAGUACAUCGAGUUUGUUGCAGACCGACUCCUAACAGCCCUUGGCCACAGCAAGAUCUUCGGGGUGGCGAAUCCCUUCGAUUGGAUGGAGCUGAUCUCGCUGCAGGGCAAGACGAACUUCUUCGAGAAGCGCGUGGGCGAGUACCAGAAGGCAGGCGUGAUGGCUGGUGCCACCGAUUCCCUGAGUGCCUUUUCUUUGAACGAGGACUUCUGA